CGCCCGCUGAGUCCUGCCCGGUCCCCGGGGCAGAGCGGCCCCUCCUCCCUCUGGAAUACACAUAUAUUCUCCGCUCCCUUCGCCCUCCGUCAGGGGAGUUUGGCUGUGUGGAGCCGCCUUUCUCUCCCGGUGCAGCAGAACCGGGAAGUCAAAUCCAGGGCGAGCUGCCCACUUCCCCCGGACAUUGACAAAACAAAUAUGUUUCCUCUAAUACAACGAUGCUGCUUCAACACACCUUUCAAACUGCAGAAGUUAACUGGUCCCAGUCUGCUGAUCUAUGGGAAGAAUAUGACAACCUGGUCGUCCUUGGCCCUCCGGCUGCAGAGAGAUGUGUGUCCUCUCUCAACAUCUCUGAGCAUCAAACCAGCAUCAGUUUACACAACCAAGCUCCAGACUUUUCACACCUCUCUCCCCAUCUUCAAGAAGAAAAAACCUGCAGAAUCUGAGGCAGAAUCGCACAAAAGCCAGGAAUCACUGAAGGAUUCUCCCAAGCCAGCCCUUUACUUAAGCCUUGGGGGGCUAAUUCCAUUUGUGGCCGUGCCGCUGGCCAUGGUCAUGCAGGGGACCUACUGCCCUCAGCUGGCCUUUGCUCAGGUUGCCUACGGUGCUGCAACGGCAUCGUUCCUAGGGGGAAUGAGGUGGGGGUUUGCUCUCCCAGAAAACAGCCCAGCCAAACCAGACUGGCUGAACCUGGCCAACGGCACAGUCCCUCCUCUGCUUGCCUGCCAAGCCUUGCUUUUCAAAGAUGUCACUCAGGGAGCAGUAAUGCUCAUGCUGGCCUUAGGGAUAGCACUGCAUUAUGACAUUUCCCUUCUUCCUACUUACCCCAGGUGGUUUAAAGUACUGAGGGCAGUGGGAACAACUGUGAUGAUAUUAUCCCUGGUGGCCACUGUAGCACUGAAAGCUUUCUUAGAAGGGGAGAAAAGUGAUGAAAGAAAAAUAUGACAGAACACAAAUUAAAAAAUCAACUGGGAAAAGCUAUCAUCUGCCAAUAAGGUAUUUGUAUGGAGUUCCAGGAGAAAUAAAGACUGAUUUGUGCUUAGAAGUGUUAUGAUGGCAGGGAUCAAGAUGGUUAUUCCUGAAGCAAAAUGAUUUUCCAACUGAUUUUGAAGCUAGUUCAGGAGGGAAGGAUUGUAAAUAGCAAUUACUUCCAAGGCAAGCUUGAGUCUGUCCUUUUCUGUAGAACAAAGAAUCACUCCUGAAUGAGAUGUUGCUGCUCUAGGAAUUUAGAAUGCAGAUUCAAAAUUACAUGGGUAUGAAUUGCUCUGUGCUGAACUAUGAAAGCAUCUGGUUUGACUGUAAUAUGUGAUCAUAUUCUGAAGUGGGGAAAACAACAAUAACAAGGUGAAAGCAGUUCUAGUUUGGUGUUUAAGGAAGUAGCAGAGAAUUAAGCAAAAGCACAUUCUACUCAGUUGCUGUGUUGUGGAACAAGACUCUGAUUACACUCCUGUUUUCAGAGAAGGCGCUGAAAAUCACAGUGGUUUGGGUUGGAAGGGGCCUUAAAGAUUGUCUCCUUCCAAUCUGCUGUAUACAGGGACAUCUUCCACUAGAUCAGGUUGCUCAAAGUCCCAUCCAGCCUGGACAUCUCUAGGACUGCUGUGUGAGGAAGUGCUCAGUGCAGUGUCAGGUAAGGAAGGACAGCUGAGGUUUGUUUGCAAUGGCAAGCCAAGGUCAGCACUCACCUGAAAUGUGUCAUUCCGCUGCUGUGCUGGAGUGUGGAAAGGCUGAAGGGGGAGCUUUGUAUCACUGACAAGGUGCCAGAAGUCAAAUUCCUGCUCAGGCUUACUGAAAUUAAAAAGGCUAUUUGGGCCACCUGUUCCUAGGUUUUGUUUGGAUUUAGGGCUGCCCGGCAAAGGAAGCUGCAUGUGACAUAGCCAUAAAGAUCUGCCAUCCUAAAUUAAAGGACUGUCAACUUAUGCUUAGUGCCUAUAUAAUGGGGCUGAAAGUAGCAUUUGUCUUCCCUCUCCUUAGAAUCCACAUAUUUAGACAGGUACCAGUGGACUUGUAGCCUGCAAACCCUCCAUGAUGGGUCUGUUACUGAAACCACUGCAGAAGCAUAUGCUCUCUGUACUUAAUUCUUCCUAGCAUAUCAUUUAGUGGAACAGUGGAAGAUACAACCUAAGUCAAAUUAAUUUUCUUUUUUGUGUCAGCUUCCUCAAGAAACCUAUGAAAUGGGAUGUGGGCAUAUUUCUUGUAAGCUUUUUUCAGCAGUAUUUCAGUACAGUGUCAGGUGCAGGAAGAAAGCUGAAAAUGACAUCACAUGGUCUUAGGACUAGAUAAUCCUCAUAGUUCUGUUAAAUACUAUUCUUCACUGUUGUUCUACACCAAAUAAAGCACAUAUUGUCCCUUAAAAUUUGUUACCUGUUCAUUCUUCAAAGAACAGAUGUUUAAGAAACCUGCCAGUCCUGGAGAUGGAACCAUCUUGUAUGAUGUUGUUGAAGAGCAGCUCUGUACAUCAGCCUCUCCCUUUUUGCAAAUCUGUUAACAUUUGUAUGUUAACAUAUGAAGCAAUCAUGGGUAUCAAUUGCUCUAUGCUGAACUAUGAAAGUAUCCUAUUAAACAAUA